AUGGACCCUCAUCAUCAAGAGCUUGAGCGACGCUGGAACCAGGCCUAUACCCGGCUCCAAAGCUGGGCGGCCUUAUUGCGUCUCUCCAUGGCUGAGCUAGUGUUCUUUUCCCUGUUCAUUGUGAACUACGUGUUUGGUAAGAUCAUCAAUGCUUGUGGUCCUGCGGAGCAAGUAUUCAAUUACUGGAACAACAAACGCAAUUUCGUCAACCAGGUAUUCGUGAAAAGAGGUUGGGGAUGGACGACGUUAGUGUUGGUUGUGUUUUAUGGCAUUCAAUGGAGCAAACGCCGCAUCACCCCUCGCCAACUUGGUUCGGCAACCAUUCGGUAUGCGAUAGUCACUACCUGGUGGUGGCUUUUCACUCAAUGGUGCUUUGGAUUACCCAUCAUGGAUAAGGUUUUCGUACUUACUGGAGGUCAAUGCGUUGUUCAUGAGCCCAACUCCCGUUUUGAUUCUCUUUCACAAUAUUUCCUGAUUGAUGAAGAGUUGGGUCGGUGGGCCCUGUCACGUGUAACGUCGUAUACUUGUCGUCGGCUUAAAGGAUCCUGGGAGGGUGGUCACGACCCCCUGGGACACGUCUUUUUGUUGGUGCAACUGUCGCUCUUCUUAUUUUUGGAAAGUGAGGCUACGUGGUACGGAUGGACUCAUUUCUAUGCUGCUACUAAGAAUUUCAUUCACCGUUUCAAAACUUCAUCGAACAAGCUCGAAGUCACCAUUAACUAUUUGGUCCAGAACCCCCAUGUCUUAGUCAUCUGGUUGUGCUCGGUGUGGUGGCUGAUGCUUUUCAUGACAAACAUUUAUUUCCAUCUGGUGUUUGAGAAGUUUGUUGGCUUACUCUUUGGGUUUAUGGCAAUCUUGGCCAUUUACGUCGCUCCUCGGUGGAGUGAAAACCGUGUUUUGCGUUGUAUCUACGAAGUGCCCGCGGCCAAGGAACCUGUCGAGCAACACAAUGUGACCACUUCGGCAGUUCCUGAGGCUCUGGCUUCAAGUACGACUGCCACAGCUCAUUGGGCGACGCCUCCAAAGACUACCACAGUUUCUGAACUAUCCAGUGACAGCCUGGAAUUUGAAAUGGUUGAUGUAGUAAAUUAG